ACUUCAAACUAUAUAAACAUAUCAAUUGAUCCAUUAUUUGAUUCAAAUAGUUAAAUCAUCAUAUCACAUCCUUAUAUCACUAAAUAUGGUUGAAUUCUAUUAUCACGACAAUCAAGAUACUCAAGAUAACUUCACUGAAGCUCAUAAUUCAGGUAAAGAAGUUAGCGUUGAAGAAUUAGAAGCUAUUGGAGUGUUCUAUAAAUACGUUCCUACCAUUGAUGAAUUAAAUGAAAUCGCUACUAAAAGAAAUUAUAAAAACAGAGAUGUAGUUAAAUUGAAUUUAGCUGCUUUUAAUCAUAAUUUAGAUGCUUAUAAUGCUAAAAUGACUCAAUUUUAUAAAGAACAUUAUCAUGAAGAUGAAGAAAUUAGAUAUAUUGUUGAUGGUGAAGGUUAUUUUGAUGUUAGAAAUAAAGGGGAUACAUGGAUUAGAGCUAAAUUAUCUCCUCAUGAUUUAUUAAUCUUACCUGCUGGGAUUUAUCAUAGAUUCACUUUAUCUGAUGAAUUAAAAGAAGUUGAAGCUAUUAGAUUAUUUAAAGAUGAACCAAAAUGGGAAGCUAUCAAUAGAGAUACUGGUAGAAACACUGAAGCUCGUGAAGAAUAUGUUAAAGCAAUCGCUGCUUAGACUUCGUAAGUUAUCUUACCAAUUAACUUAUCUUUAUCAGAUCCAAUGGAUCUGAUCUCUAAUGUUUAUGUUCAUUCACUUCACUUAUCUAAUCUUUCCUUUAUCCUCUCCCUACACAUACUUAUUGUUAAACUAUUCCUGGUAUCAUAUGUUUUAUUUUAUAGUUAUAUUCUUUUAUUUUUUUUUUAAUUUAAUAUAUAUAUUAUUUACAUUAAACUUAAU